AUGCCAAUCACCGGCGUAUAUUUUAUUCCCUCGCUGCCAAAUGCCUCGACAGCCCGUGGAAUUAUCAGUGAGCGCCUACGCUCUGUCUACCCGGAUGAAGAUCUCCUCCCCCUAGGCCAAUGGAGCCUAGAACAAAAAUUGAUGCGAGACACCCCAAGUCUCCUUCCAGGAUAUAAAGGAACACCACAUUAUAUGCAUUUCCUGUCCAUAGCCACACAUUACCCCAAGCAUGGCUUCAUAUAUACAGCCGGUCCACCAAAAGCCCCCAACCCCCAACUUUCUCUAUCUACAUCGACAGGAAACGGUGCAACUCCGGGACAAAGCCCGAAUCCCCAAGCUACAAACAUCAAUUCACCCCAAGCACCUGGGCCGUCAAUGCCAACUCCACCACAGCUACAGUCGAAUACCGAUAGCAAAAGUUUUGCUGCAGGAUCGGAAGUCAUGACUAUUGUCCCCAGUUCUUCUUUUGGCAUGCUUUUUAGCCAUUUUGUCUACGCUUGCCAACCCUUUUGGGCUCAUCGAAUGACUGUUUCCGUAUCUAAUGGUGUUGUCUUUGAUGUGGGUGAUUUCCGGGUUAGGCUGGGUGAUGUGCGUCAGGUGUGGCCUACUGCGCGGGCUCGCGGAACAGUUGUUGAAAUCGAGUGGCGCGGCCCUACGCUUGUUGAUACGGUUGCUUCGUCUUUGGGUCGGGGUGGUGAAGACAAUGCAAAUGCAGAUGGGGAUGCUGAUUUGGGGAUCGAUGUCGAUUUCUCUGCUGUUGACGAGGCAGAUCUUGAUGCUGAGUUUAUAGCCACUGCGACCCUGAUUCGGGAGUUCUGGGGAAGAUUGGGUAUCGAGGGGGCUAGGGAGGCUAUUCUUGUUCCUGGAUAUGGGAAGGAGAUCAAGGGUUGCUUGAGAAGGUUACGGGCUAGGGAGAAGCGGGGUGGAGAAGAAACUGUGGCGGAGAAUGAGGCAGAUAUCUAUGCUGGAGCCGAUCUUGCAAAGCAGUAUAUGGAGGUUUUGCGGUUUAAUCGGUGA